AUGGAUGCUAUCAUCCAGGACCUCCAGGCGCAGGUCGACCAAGGCGGCUCGCGGCUCGCACAGGCCAACACGCACAAUGCUGAGCUGAGGCGCGAGAAGACUCUCCUCCAGCUCGAGAUCGCUCGUCUACAGGCCGCCAAGAACGCCCCCAUCGAGAUCAAGGAAGAGCCAAGCCUACUCCUCGAGCAACUUCAGACCGAAAAGCUCCAACUGCGCCAAGAGCUCGCCGAGUGCCAGCAGCUCGCGCAAAGCGAGGUAUCCCGUAAAUCAUCCCCCCGAAACCAGUGAACCCCGGUGCUAACAGAGUCUCGCUCAGGCUCAUGAGAUCGAACUUCUGCAGGAGAAGAUCCAAAGCAUGGCUCAGGCCUCCAUCGACGAGGCCAUGUACUCGCAGCUGCAGCGGGACCUCGCGGCCGCCAAGAAGCAACUGGGCGAGGAGGAAGCCUACGCGCAGGCGCAGGUCAGCCUGCGAAAGACGGCUUCGGAGCGCGAGCAGAAUGCUCUCAAGCGCACGCACGAGCUCGCGAGGGAGCUUGCCGCUGCUGGGAAAGAGAAUGAGAAGGCGCAGAAGCGGGUGGAACGCGCGCAGAGGGCGACGAAGAAGGCGGAAGCCGACGUCUGCCGCGUCGCGUGGGACAGGUGAGGAGCAAUAUCACGGGUCUUGACUUGCGCGAAGAAAUGCUAAUCGAUGACCAGGGAUGAUCUGAAGAGGCAGCUUGCGGAGGAAAAGGAAAAGCGUGGCCGCGAGGAGGACGACGACAACGAUAACGACGGAGACGGAGACGAACGUGCUUUCAGGAGGCCUGCGCUCGUACCACGCCCAUCAAAUUGA